AUGUCUUACCAAGAGCAGCAGUGCAAGCAGCCCUGCCAGCCUCCUCCUGUGUGCCCACCUCCAAAGUACCCAGAGCCUUGUCCUCCUACAAAGUACUCAGAGCCUCGUCCUCCUCCAAAGUGCCCUGAACCUUGUCCUUCCCCAACGUGCCCAGAGCCUUGUUCUCCUCCAAAGUGCCCUGACCCAUGCCCCCCUCAGCCAUGCCAGCAGAAAUGCCCUCCUGUGCAACCUCCUUCACCCUGCCAACAGAAGUGCCCACCCAAGAACAAGUGA